UGAAGCUCGAAAAACCGAAUUGGAUGAAGGUAAAUGGAGUCCAUGCAGUCAACAAACAGUUGGAAGACAAAGGCAAUGGCAGCGUGAGAGUGUGAAAAAGAAGAUCCAAUUCGAUCCAUGAUGCUAUCACUCAAACAUGUAACCAAACACAGGUCCAGAUCCUUCUUCUCUUCCAUUCUCACCAUCUCCAACAACCCAUCUUCUUCUACUUCUUCUUCUUCUUCUUCUUCUUCUUAUACUUGUCUUUCAUCUCCAUCCCCAUGCACACCUCUAGAAUCCUUCUCCGUCACCCGAAACGACAUCGCCGACUCCUUCAAAACCUGGUUCAGAACUCGCAACCACACCAAAGACCCCCUCCUCGACCGCAUCUACGAAAUCCUCGCUUCCGGCGACGAUUUCGCCGCCCCUCUCUCACGCCUCUCCCUCCCCCUCUCCGAAUCCUUCGUCCUCAAAGUCCUCCGUUACGGCGGCGACCACAACGGCGACGUCCUCUCACGCCUCAAGUUCUUCGACUGGGCCGGCCGCCAGCCCGGCUUCCACCACACCCGCGGCACAUUCAUCGUCAUCUUCCGCAUCCUCUCACGUGCCAAGCUCAUGCCCCUUGUCCUCGACUUCCUCCACGCCUUCCGGAAGCGCGGGUUCGGACACAGGGUCCGUUUCAACGACACCCUCGUCGUUGGUUACGCCAUUGCUGGAAAACCCGAGGUUGCACUCAACCUGUUCGGUGAAAUGCGCUUUAAAGGUUUGGACUUGGACAGCUACUCUUACCACAUUCUCUUGAAUGCCCUCGUUGAGGAGAAGUGUUUCGACGCCUUUGAUGCCAUUCUCAAGCAGAUUCGCUUGAGGGGCUACGAGAAUCGCUUCACCUAUGUGAUCGUCGUCAAGUGUUUGUGCAGGCGGGGUAGGUUGAAGCAGGCAGAGGCUUACCUUAAAGGUUUGUUGGGUGGUGGGAAAGAGUUGAACGGGUCUGAGGUUGGUUUUCUUGUUGGUGCAUUGUGUCAGAGUAAUAGGUUUGACCGUGCUGUUAAGUUGGUUGUGGAGCUUGGGAAUUCGGCGUUUGUUCCCUUGGAGAAUGCUUAUGGUGUAUGGAUAAGGAGUCUUGUUCGGCGUGGUAUGUUGGAUGAGGCACUGGAGUUUUAUAGGCAGAAGAAAGAUUCUGAAGGGUAUGUUCCUGACCUGGCACGGUAUAACAUUUUGAUUUGUAGGCUUUUGAGUGAGAACCGGCUCCUCCAGGUGUAUGAUUUGUUGGUAGAUAUGUAUGAGACUGGCAUUCCCCCUGAUAUGGUUACCAUGAAUGCUGUCUUGUGCUUCUUUUGCAAAGUAGGGAUGAUGGAUGUCGCGCUCGAAUUGUAUAAUUCUAGGUCUCAGUUUGGUCUGUCUCCGGAUCACAUGGCUUACAAGUAUUUGAUACUUACUCUGUGUUGGGAUGGGAACGUUAACGAAGCAUACAGUGUAUUGAGAAGCUCUGUUGAUCAAGGUUACUUUCCUGAUAGACUAACCUUUUCUACACUUGCCAGUGCUUUAUGUAGAGAGUGCAAGAUUGAGGAGAUGAAGGAGUUGCUCCAUCUUGCCUUGGGGCAGAAUUUUAUGCCUAAUGCUUCCACAUAUGACAAGUUUAUAUCGGCUCUAUCCCGGGCUGGAAGAGUAGGAGAUGUUUAUUUGUUUCAUGGGGAACUUAACAGUGUAAUUGCUAGAGUCUCCUAUGUAAGGAUGAUUAAGGGUUUCGUUAAGUUAAAUAGGGGAGAUAUUGCUGCUCGUCUUCUUAUUGAAAUGCAAGGGAAGGGUCAUAAACUGACACGUCCCUUAUGCAAAGCUGUUAUUUGUUGUUUGCUUGAUAUGGAUAAUCCAAGGGCAAAUGUUUUCAAUUUAUUGGAGGUGCUGACUCACCGUGAACCUCAUUGUAAGAUUUACAACUGUUUCAUUGAUGCAGCUGUGCUUGCCAAUAAGGCUGACUUGGCCAGGGAAGUAAUUGAGUUGAUGCAAAGGAAAGGCAUUAAACCCAAUGAGGAUUCCAAAAUUCUUAUGUUGAAGAGUUGUUUGAAGAGUGGAAGGAUUUCUGAUGCUCUGAAUUUAUUUAAUAAUCUCCAGUGCCAGGCCUUAGUGUCUAGAAAAUUAUAUAAUACCUUGAUCGUUGGUCUCUGCAAGGCCAAUAUGGCAGACAUUGCACAUGAAUUCUUGUUCAAAAUGAUUAAAGCUGGAUCAACUCCAAGCAUUGAAUGCUAUGAGGAGCUUGUGCAGCAGCUUUGCUCAUCGAAGAGAUAUCAUGAAGCAAUCAAUAUUGUUAAUGUGCAUGAGAGAAUGGGACGUCGAGUAACUUCUUUUCUUGGUAAUGUACUUCUUUUUCAUUCCUUGGUUUCACCGAAAGUCUACGAUACCUGUGUUCGUUUUAUAGGAGUGAAAGAGGGGACAUUUUCUGGUAUUUCAAUGCUUAGCUUGAUCAUUGGUGUAUUUUCUGGUCGUCUCAGAGUAAACUAUUCUAUUGAGGACUUGGAGGAGUUAAUAGGGAAGUGCUUUUCACUUGACAUUUACACCUAUAAUCUGUUGUUGAGAAAAGUAAGCAAGAGUGAUAUGGACCAAGCUUGUGAGUUGUUUGAUCGUAUGUGUAAAAGGGGUUAUGAGCCUAAUUGGUGGACUUAUGACAUCAUGGUCCAUGGUUUCUCAAAGCAAGGGAGGAAAGAUGAGGCCAAGCGGUGGGUUAAAGAAAUGUGCCGAAAAGGACUCUAUCCAGCAGAGAGUGAUUGAAUAUUCAUUUAAGGAGAAUGAUCAAUGUUCCAAUCAAUGUGUUAAAGACGCAAAAUGGUUCACACAAUUUUGGUAAGGAUAUUAUUAUUUAUAUAUAUAUAUUAAAAAAUGGGUUACCUUGGAUGCAUUGGUUUUAGUUUUCCCGUUUUACCCCUCC